GGUUGGGGGGGGGGUUGUGUUUUCCAGCAGUAUUUUACGCACACAAUGUGCCUCAUUAUCUGGCACUUCCAAGAGCAGAAUUCCAAAGGAUUGGGCAAAACAAAGUCCACACGUUCAGACCCUGAAAACAGCCUCAAUAAGGGGUCAUCUUAACCCACCAAAAAAGGAGUGGUUCAGGGUUGGGAAACAUUCCCGCAGAAAUGAGAGUCACUACUAUGGAAUGACUUGCAUGCAGCAAAGCAGUCCGCACUGUUAUGUUAACAUAAUAAUACAAUAAUAAUAAUAAUCCUCGCAUUUGGCACAGCGUUUUCACGUCUUCGAGACGUCUCCAAAGUGAUUCACAGAACGGACUGUAAAAAAAUGACUAUGGGUGCCAGAGGGUCGAAACGACUGCUUUGCAACUUUCUACUUCAAAUAUUUUUUCACCUUCAAUGUAUUGGGUCAGCAGUGGACAUUUAUGAUAAAGCUUUUAUUAAGGAGUGCCUUGAUGUUCAUAAUUUCUACCGUUCAAGAGUAAACCCUUCAGCCAGCAACAUGCUGUACAUGAGUUGGGACAGGAUUCUUUCAGAAGUGGCCCAUGAAUGGAGCAAGAAGUGCAUUUUUGAUCACAACACUGACCUGAAAGUGCCCCAAAAGCUCCAUCCGGUAUUCAAGACUUUAGGAGAAAACAUUUAUGUCACAACAGGCUCGAAUUUAAAUGUCACCAGUGCCACUAAAAGUUGGUAUAAUGAAGUGGCAGAUUAUAAUUAUGGUUCAAACCAAUGCAGCAGAAUUUGUGGCCAUUAUACCCAGCUUGUCUGGGCAACAAGUUAUAAAGUUGGCUGUGCUGUUCACACCUGCCCUUCUGGAAUUUUUCAUUUCAAUUCCAGACUUUCAACCAUUUUCGUUUGUGAUUAUGGGCCACCUGGAAAUUAUCCACAACAACCUUAUUUAACCGGAAAGGAAUGCAGUAAAUGCUACAUGGAUCGAUGUGAGAACAAAUUAUGCCGAAAUAAGACACGUGAGAUGACUGAUUCGGAUUCCUUGUGCAACGAGUUUUGUAUUACAGUUUUACUACUAAGGCCACUAUCCCUUGUUGCUAUUUUCGUUGGGGUGUAUAUUCUACAACAAAGCUAUCCAAACAUGUUUGCUUAUUUAUAAUUCCUAAUCUUUGUUUAAUUGUAAUCAACUGUUCUGCAGAUUAACAUUGAAACAAAUAUUUUUAUAGAAAUCUUUAUUAAAUUUGGAGAAUAGUGUGACACUUAUGAAAUGUCUUCUUUUUAGUGAUAAGAAACAAGUAAAAAAAAACAGACCUAAACAGAUAACAUAGAAAUCUAAAACCAUUUUUCGUUACUGAAUUUUGAAACAAUGAGACCAACAUUCAUGUCUUCAAUAAUGUUUGCAAAAUUGUAGAAAUUGGGAAAGCAAUACCUGGGGGGAAAAAAAACAAAUGCUCUUAAACCUCAGUUAACAAAACUGCAGUAAAAAUUGACUGGUGGAAAAAGGGCCAAUUUGACUUUUUAAGUCCUUGUUAAAAGAAAAUCACAAAGCACUCCUCGGUUGAGAGUUUGUUUACUGUAUUCCAAUCUAAGAAGCCGAUGAACACUGAAGGUGAUAGGCAAAGGCUUUGAGUGGAGUGAAUAGUAUUUAUUUUUGGAUUGAAAGCUUGUCUGUAGUGGCUUUGGUUAUGCAUUUCAAAUGAAGGAGGAGCAAGAGAGUUCCAGGAAUACAGUGUGCACUGGAGGCUCCAAAGCCAGAACUAUCCCAGGCGAGAAGUCUGCUACAAUAUAAGGAUAAGGAUCAUUUGACCACAAAGACUUGCAGGAACAAUUCACCUUGAGGACUUUUGUAUUAGUGGCUGUGAGAAUCAUCAUCCAUUUAAUUCCACUGUGUCCAACUGGUGAUUUAUUUUUGUCCAAAUUAAAGAAAAGCAGACUGCAAAGAUGUAUUAAAAUGGAUUUAAUUUUGUUUGAA